GGAUAUCCGCAUAGGAUAUCUUGUUCACUUUCCACUGUGCUCUUUCCUGCAGCGCUUCGCAUCGCAAUGCAAUUGGAGAGGUUGUAGACGGAUAUAUAUACAUUUGUAAACGAGUAUAAAUAUAGAAGCACUCUAACCGGAACGGAAGAAUCGAGGAAGAAAUUUGAGAUUCAGCCAUGAAAGACGACUACGAGAGUGAACAAAAGAAACAAGCUGCUGCAGAUGUAUUGUUUCAAUAUUCAAGGUUUGUCAUGGCCUGUAUUGGGAAUCAAGUCCGGCCUUGUGACUUAAGAAUGCACUUGAUGAAGGAGGUUUCAGGCUUGCCAACAACUUUGAAGAGGGAGACCCAUGUAGCGUCUUCUCCCGACAUAAUGGGGGAAUCUUCAAGCUCGGGGACUUCCAGACUUGAUAAAACCGAUAGUUUCCGGGGUGUCUAGACUGGACAAUAGUAUCCUCAUCUUUGUUUCAAAGUACCAAUCUGGUUUCUUUGAUCCCCCCACUUUGUAGCAGGACAUAAAAGUUGUCAAUGUAAAGGGAUAUAUUAGUGUCAUCAUCUGUUGGUAAAAAUGAUCCGGUGUAAUUGGUACGAUUAUGUUUUAUAUGCAUUGAGAUUGAAAUGGAUUAUCUA